AUGGCUACAGCAGUCAAAUGUAUACAAAGUAACCUACAACAUGCCAAGGCCGCUUCCAACGUCUUUGGCAGAAGGUUCAGGAAGGAAGGUGUACAUCUCGCCUUUAUUCAGGAAACUUGGGUUAACUCAGGCCGCGUAUGUGGCCUUGGGGACGCAGAGGGUAGACUAAUUACUGCCCCAAGAGUAACCAGACCUAGGGCAUGCAUUUUAGUAAAAAAGAGCGUGCACUCUUUUAACCUUUACAGGUUCUGCUGUCAGGAUGUGGUGGCGGUGCAUGUCCAGAUCCCAGCGGGGAGGAUCGGUGGUGGAAUGGAAUUCGUUGCCUGCUCAGCAUAUUUCCCGGGAGACAAGACAGCAGAUCUACCUCCUCCAAAGAAAGUGAGAGAACUAAUCUCCUUCUGCAAGAGGAAAAAUCUACAGCUGGUGAUAGGAUGCGACGCCAACGGCCACAACGAGGCAUGGGGAAGCACGGACACCAACUUCAGAGGUGAGAUAAUUCUUAAUUAUUUAAUAGGUGAAGGGUUAGUGGUUAAUAACAUAGGCUCCGAACCAACCUUUGUUACCUGUAACAGGAAAGAGGUUUUAGACAUUACGGUCAGCUCCAGCGACAGGAUAUCCAAAUGGAGGGUAUCAUCUGAGCCAUCGUGCUCGGAUCACAGACACAUACAGUUUGAAAUAAGCGUAGGUGAAAGAACUCUUCUGCAAUAUAGGGAUCCAAAAUGCACAGAUUGGGAAGGAUACAACCGCUCACUCGUGCAUCUGCUGGAACCCACAAUUGCAAAAGUGAGAGAUCGCGAUGAGAUCGAGAUUGCGGCGGAACAACUGCGGUGUGCAAUCAUAACGGCUUAUAGUGAAAACUGUCCACUUAAAACAAAGAAGGAUAACAGGAAGUCCUCUUGGUGGAACAACAAACUGGACAAAACAAAGAAGGAUAACAGGAAGUCCUCUUGGUGGAACAACAAACUGGACAAAAGAAGAAAAGAAGUGCGACAUAUCUUUAAUCGCGCUAAAGCGUCAGGUAACUGGGAAACCUAUCGUACGACGUUGGCGGAGUACAAUAAGGAAAUAAGAAGGGCGAAGAGAGUCUUGGAGAAGGUUCUGUGGGAGUCUGGUCGAUCUACCCCAAAGCACCAGAAUUCACAAGAUUCUCUCAAAAGAACCACUGAAUGA